UGUCAUUGGCAUUGCGGAUAACCUCAAAAAACUGUUUACAAUUUAUUGUAUUUAUGAAAUAGAAUUUACUUAAAAUGAAGCUACCUAUAAGUCAGUUAUCACAGUUUAUUAUACGACAAAGUAAUAAGAAAGCAUUUUUGUCUAUAAGAUGUUUAAGUACACAAGAAGCUACAGAGCGUCGGCAUCGUCUCUUCACUUUAGAAAAGAAGCGGCAAUUAGAACUAGUUGGUCGAAUAGAAAAAAUUGAAGUAAAAUACAAGGGUUUACCAAAAGAAUGCACAUUGGUUAUGAAUAAAGACAUUUCUACACCAUACGAUUGUGCUAAACAUCUUGGAGAAUGGCAUAUGGAGAGCAGUGCUUUGGCCUUAUUGGAUAGUUCUGUACACUGGGACAUGCAUAGACCUCUAUCAGAGAGUUGUACACUGGAAUUUCAGACAUUUAACAUAGCAGAGCCUCAGCAAGUGAACAAGGCAUUCUGGCGUACUUGUUCAUUAGUGCUGGGAGCCUGUGCAUCUGUUGCAUUUAAGGAUAAUGUUACAGUAAAAUUGCACAGCUUUCCGGGUCCCGAUAUUCGCAGUGGUUCAUUUAUCUACGAUGUAGAUCUUCCCACAUUACCUGAUUGGCAACCAACACAACAAGAACUUCAUACAUUAAGUGCGGAGUAUGUUAAAUUAACGAGAAGAAAUGAUUUGAUAGAAAGACUAGAAGUGGGAGAGGCGUUAGCAUUAGAGAUGUUUUCGGAUAAUGAACAUAAAACCAAACAGAUACCAGAUAUAGCUAAGGCUAAUGGUAAAGUGACACUAUAUAGGGUGGGCAAUCAUGUGGAUAUAUCUAAAGGGCCUUUAAUAAGUAGCACGGGACAGAUUGGUAAAGUUACUGUCUCUUCAGUACACAAACUUUUGGGAUCAUCGGAGAGUGAUGUAAAGCAGUUGUAUCGUUUCCAAGGUGUGGCGUUGCCGACUGGCGCCAUAUUGAAUCAUUUCGCCUUCUCUAUACUGACGGAUCGUGCAAAGAAAUUGAAUUCAGCGAGAUCACCAAUAAAUCCAUUUGGGGAAGGGAGGGAUUUUACUCCACAGAGUAUGAAAGCGCAAGCUUGAAAUUAUUAUGUCAAAUGUAUAGGCUUUCAAUCUGUAGCUGUCUCGCUCACUCUCAUAGAUUACUAAUACGACUAUCUCUUCCUUGCAAGUAAGAAGUAGCAUUGGUCAAUUUUUCAUCAUUGCA